CGCUGAUCGGCGGGCGGGCGGGCGAUCGCACGGGCGCGGCACCUGCGGGCAGGAGCGUCUGGCUGCCGCAGCGCCGGAUAGCCCGUCCCCCAGCUGCUGCUGAGAUGAGUGCAGUGUCGGAGCCCCAGGCCGCCCACAGCCCCCUGGAGAAGCCGCCCAGCACCGCGAUCCUGUGUAACACCUGCGGGAAUGUGUGCAAGGGGGAGGUGCUAAGGGUCCAGAACAAGUACUUCCACAUCAAGUGCUUCGUCUGCAAAGCAUGCGGCUGUGACCUGGCCGAGGGCGGCUUCUUCGUGCGGCAGGGCGAGUACAUCUGCACGCAGGACUACCAGCGGCUGUACGGGACCCGCUGCUUCAGCUGCGACCAGUUCAUCGAGGGCGAGGUGGUGUCGGCGCUGGGCAAGACCUACCACCCCGACUGCUUCGUGUGCGCCGCGUGCCGGCUGCCCUUCCCGCCGGGGGACCGAGUGACCUUCAACGGGAAGGAAUGCAUGUGUCAGAAGUGCUCCCUGCCCAAGACAGCAGGCAGCAGCGUGCACCUGUCCCAGGGCCUCUGGAGUUGUGGGGGCUGUGGCACAGAAAUAAAAAAUGGCCAGUCCCUGGUGGCUCUGGACAAACACUGGCAUCUGGGCUGUUUCAAGUGUGAGACGUGUGGGAAGCAACUGGAUGCGGAGUACAUCAGCAAGGACGGGCUGCCCUACUGCGAGGCCGACUACCACACCAAGUUCGGCAUCCGCUGUGACGGCUGUGAGAAGUACAUCACGGGGCACGUGCUGGAGGCAGGAGAAAAACACUACCACCCACUGUGUGCGCUAUGCGUCCGGUGCGGCCGGAUGUUUGCGGAAGGCGAGGAGAUGUAUCUUCAAGGUUCCUCCAUCUGGCACCCGGCGUGCCGACAAGCAGCCAGAACUGAAGACAAAAACAAGGAAACCAGAAGCUCUUCCGAGAGCAUCAUUUCUGUACCUGCUUCCAGCACCUCGGGGUCUCCAAGCCGCGUGAUCUAUGCGAAGCUGGGCGAUGAGAUUCUCGACUACAGGGACUUGGCUGCUCUUCCUAAAAGCAAGGCCAUCUACAACAUCGACCGCCCCGACAUGAUCUCCUACUCGCCGUACAUCAGCCACUCUGCGGCGGGCAGGCAGAGCAGCCACGAGGGGGAUCAGGAUGACCGCUCGUACAAGCAGUGCCGGACCUCCAGCCCGAGCUCCACUGGGUCAGUCAGCCUCGGGCGCUACACGCCGACCUCACGGUCGCCCCAACACUACAGCCGUCCAGGCAGUGAAAGUGGCCGGAGCACCCCCAGCCUCUCGGUGCUCUCGGACAGCAAGCCUCCCCCCUGCACCUACCAGCAGGCGCCUCGCCACUUCCACAUCCCAGACACUGGCGUAAAAGAUAACAUCUAUAGGAAACCCCCUAUCUACAAACAGCAUGCCGUCAGGCGACCCGAUGGAGAGGACGGAACGUUCGAGCAGGAUAACAGGAAGCAGAAGACCAGCUGGCUGCUUCUCCAGGGGGAUACAGACACUAGGACUAACUCUCCAGACCUAGACAGCCAGUCUUUGUCCCACAGUAGCGGGACCGAUAGAGACCCUCUCCAAACAAUGCAAGGGGACAACUUUUACUCACGAUUCCCCUAUUCCAAAUCUGACCCUCUCCCAGGACACGGAAAGAAUGGCUUGGACCACCGGAAUGCCAAUCUGGCCCCUUGUGGAGCAGACCCGGAUGCCAGCUGGGGCACGCGAGAAUACAAGAUCUAUCCUUAUGACGCCCUCAUUGUCACCAACCGAAUUCGCGUCAAACUGCCCAAGGAUGUGGACCGGACGCGGCUGGAGAGGCACCUGUCGCCCGAGGAUUUCCAGGAAGUAUUUGGGAUGAGCGUGGAAGAGUUUGACCGCCUGGCCCUCUGGAAAAGGAAUGACCUCAAGAAGAAAGCCCUAUUGUUUUGACGGCUGCUGGUGUUCGUGACCGUGCGCGGCAGCAGCAGAGCCCGGGACACCUGGCGAGAACCACGAAAACCCCUCCUAUUGCACCUGGCUCUGGCUUCCCUGUGUCCGUGGGGGGCGGGUGGUGGGCCCCUGGAGAGGGCUGGGCUGGAGGCGGGGGCAGGAGGAGGUCCCAGAGCAGGUGCGACCUCUGUUUCUGCCAGCAAUGCUCCUGCCCCUGGUUCAGAGCCCAGACGCCUUGCUUUGUGCUGUUCCUUCCCCGCUGUUGCUUGGCAUCAGGGAGAUGCUGCAAAAUAGCUGUCCCAGGAGAUCAAGGAACACUUACGCGACGUGCAGCCCACCUUCCUGACCCCUGUGCAGUGCCCCGACCCCCCGCCCCCUGCACUAGGCCCUGGGGGCACAGAGGUGCCUGGGACUCGGGAUUGGAGGAGGUUUGUCAAUGACAGACGCUGACACAAUCAUGGGAGGGUGGGCAUCUGGCUCCCAGUGUCUGCUCACCUCCCCCCCACUUGCUCAGCCCUGGGGAGGCAAAGCCUUGCACCCAGACAGGCCAGGCCAGGGAGAGUGCCGCAGAGCACCCGGACUGCACGAAGUCAAGCGCGGGGUGCAUGAUUUUUGCAUCUGCUUGUGACGAAGUCUGUUUUUAGGGAUAAACGUCAGCCUGACAGGGUACCUUCGGCCAGGGCCCUCCAUGCACUGCAUUUUUCUUCCAAAUCAUCCCCUAGAUGCCUAAAUGAUAUCUUUAAAGUAACACAGAAGUUUUUAUUUUAUUAAGGAGCAUAGCCUACUUAAACAUAAGACGACAUAUAUAGAGUUCCAUUUUAUGGUCCCGCGGAAGGGAGCGCCUCCAGCCUUAUUCUCCACUGCUCAGAUCUGUGUGUUUUUGCUUCUUGGUGUGUUCCUAACACCUAGGGCUCCUUGUCGGGUUUCUUUCCAUUUUUUUUUUCUUUUUCACCUGUCACACAGGUGCCCUUAAGGGCAGCCCUUGCCCACAUAAUGCCCACGUAAUGCCCACGU